AUGGCUUCCCUUACUAACGUAAAUCCGGCCCUUGCAGCGUACUUGAAUGAGGCAGAUCCAGCUUUUUGGUCUCGGUUUUACUGUCGAGGAGAUAGAUACAACAUCAAGACUAGCAACAAUGCGGAAUCUAUCAACUCCAUGCUAAAGAAAGCCAAAGGUUAUCCCAUCACAUAUCUCAUUGAGUUUAUUACGAAAAAGUUAGGUAGGUGGUAUUGGAAAAGACGAGAGGAUGCACUUAGUCUGACNACCGAAUCUGGAUAUGAGAAGUUGCCUUAUUGUCUUAGAAAAAUAGAGCAGUCAAACUCGGGAAGUGUCAUUGACCUUGUUGUUGAUGACGAGCAUAGGUUUAAGUACCUUUUCCUAUCUUUCGAUGCUUCAAUCCGUGGUUUCAAUUACGUGAGGCGAGUUAUUGUGGUUGAUGGGACCCAUCUCACCGGAAAGUAUAAAGGUGUAUUGCUAGUCGCUUGCGCACAGGAUGGGGCAGCAUAUGCGCAUACGCAUGAUGAUUACAACCGCUACAUGGCUUCCCUUACUAACGUAAAUCCGGCCCUUGCAGCGUACUUGAAUGAGGCAGAUCCAGCUUUUUGGUCUCGGUUUUACUGUCGAGGAGAUAGAUACAACAUCAAGACUAGCAACAAUGCGGAAUCUAUCAACUCCAUGCUAAAGAAAGCCAAAGGUUAUCCCAUCACAUAUCUCAUUGAGUUUAUUACGAAAAAGUUAGAUAUGAUGAUGGUAGAACGCAUUGAUGGUUGGCGUUUCUAUGUUAGGGUGGGCAACAUGACUGUUUGGUUGACUUGGAAGCAAAAUCUUGUUCANGUAUCUUUCGAUGCUUUAAUCCGUGGUUUCAAUUACGUGAGGCGAGUUCUUGUGGUUGAUGGGACCCAUCUCACCGGAAAGUAUAAAGGUGUAUUGCUAGUCGCUUGCGCACAGGAUGUUUCGGAUAGGUGUAGUUCAAUAGCUAAAGCAUGUCGCAAUGUUAUGCCAUUGGCAACACGAGGGAUAUGUUACUACCAUCUUCAACAAAACAUAAUUUCUAAUUUCCGUGGGAAGCAACUGAUGUACUUGGUGAAAGGGGCAGCAUAUGCGCAUACGCAUGAUGAUUACAACCGCUACAUGGCUUCCCUUACUAACGGUGGGCAACAUGACUGUUUGGUUGACUUGGAAGCAAAAUCUUGUUCAUGCGGGGUGUUUGAUGUUGAGAAAAUGCCAUGUUCACAUGCAAUUAAGGCUGUCAAUUCAAGCGGAUGGCAUAUGUCUAUCGUAGUCGAAGCUUACUAUAGAAAAGAUUAUGUUUAUGCGUUGUACGCGGCUACCAUCAUGCCCAAUGUCGGGCACGAUCCAAUUAGGCCAGAUAUCCGAUGUAUACCUCCCAUACCGAAGCGGAAGCCUGGAAGGCAAAAGAAGCCUCGUUGGCUAACAUGGCUAGAACUGUCACGUAAAAAUGGGAGCAAGCCGAGGAAGUCUCACAAGCAAUAUGCUUGUUCAAAAUGCUGA